AUGGGACAACGCCCCGCGGCUGGGGCUGAAUGGAAGACACAGCUUUCGACAAGGGCUCGGGAGAAUCUCCACCGAGCCCGCACUUCGGUUGACGUGAUGUUGAAGGAGAAAGAACGACUCGGGCAAGAGAAACUGCGACAGGAGUUCGCCGCGAACGCUGAUCGGGUAAAGCACGUGUACUCGAGGCAACGGGAGGAGUUCGGCGACGUAUUUAAGCAGAAUUGGAAGCUGUUAAGUAGAUUCCAGAAAAACAGUCUGAAAUCUCAAUCGAUUGUCACACCACCAGAUGAACCCACUAACUGUCCUGACUACCUGUUGGUGACUCAGAAAUCAUCCCAAGGCUGUCGCUCUCGGAAACUUCGUAUUACGCCCAAUCUGAAAGUCAUCGAUAUUUUGGAGGAAACUUUGGAUUUAUACUCGUUGCCAUACCGUUGCCUUGACGACAUACAACUUUCGAGUAGGAAAUUGGAUUUAUGUUUGCACGUGGAUUGCGAUUCGUCGUCUAUGCAGGAUGUGUUCAGUGACCUGACAGUUAUGCCUCGUACUGGGCGAAAUCUGGUUGCACCCGAAUUAUACCUAACGAGACACAGAAAAACGGACUCAGGUGGAUCUUCUCGUAGUGACUCCGGGUUUAAUUCGGCUUCUGGACGCAGCAAAAAAUCGAGUCGGUCGGGUAGCUCGCAGGUUAGUUUCGUUUCGUUGACUCGCGAUAGAGCCGAGGCAUUCUGUAUUGAAGGGGAUAUGGAACGACUCGAUAAUCGGCAUGAAAAGGCAGUGUCCGCUUACUGUCGGGCUUAUUCGGAAGAGCCGAAGUACGCGAUCGGGCAUUUAAAAACCAUUCCGAAAGAAUCACUUGAUAUUACGAUCAAAUUAUUGGAGGAAUGGUGUCAGUUUACGGAAGAGGCCCAGGCGAAACGAUCUCGCAAUGGGGUGAACAUAAACUGCGACCAAAUAUGCGAAUUUCUGCUGGGCGCCGGACAUGGAAUAGCGCCUUCUAGCAUCCCGGCAAAUUCAACGCAAGUAGACAUGUUAUUCAAGGAGAAAAAAUACAAAGACGUCAUAGAAAGAUGCAGCAGACUUUUGGAUCAGUAUCCACUAAAACCGACCAGGGUUUUAUUACAGCGGGGAUUGGCAUAUCUGUUACUAGGGAAACGAGAGAAACUGAUGAUUGCUGACUAUUUAAAAGCUUAUUUAGACGAUACUCAGGAAACAGAACUUUACGUACGAAAUUGCCAAAAAGAACAUUUACCACGAAUAAUUGAACUUUUUCGCUCUUGUGCAACCGCGGAGCGCCCCCAGAAAGGUGGCGCGAAAGCUGUCGAUCAAUGGAGAAAUCUGGUUAUUGAUUGUUUUCAAUUUAUUCUAUUGUUUAAACCGACAGACACCAAAGCGUUACACGCUCUAGCAAAUAAUUUGAGAGAACGGAAAAAUUACAAUGAAGCGAUAACGAUGUUCUCGACUGCUUUACAGCGCGCUAGCGCAAAAUCCAACACUUCCUCCAAGACGAUAAUCGAGCUACUGAUUCUGCGCAGUGAGUGUUAUCUGGGAAUCGGUGACGGGGAGGUGGCUGUUAAAGACGUAAUAUUCGCGGUUGCCAUGGAUAAAGCAACAGCCAAAUCGAUGAUUUUUAAACACUUGAAAAAGAACUCCCAGCGAGAAAUCGUGGUUAGCGCUUUGGAAAUGGCGGAAAUUUGUAUGAAUACCCAUAAAAGGGAAAUUCGUGGGAACAUCGCUUCCAAUGGGAUAAGACGGGAUAAGCAGAAAACGUUGAUAAAACAAGCCGUCCAGUAUUAUAAACUUAUAUUACUAAUGGUGCCCAAACACAAACAUGCAAUGGCGUGCUGUGGGGAGUGUUUCUGUCUUCAGGGCAACCACUCGGAAGCAAUCAUGCUUUUCAGUUGCGUGCUCGAAAUCGAAAAUGUCUGCUCGACUCUCUGUGCACGUGGGAUGUGCCAUUUCCACGUGGGUGACCUCGCUGACGGCCUGGACGAUUUUGCAAAGGCGGUGGAAAACUUUCCGGAUAACGUUCAGGCUCUCUGUGGACGAGGGUAUGCAAAUUUGGUCACGAAUGACCCGGAUGGAGCUGUGAAAGACUACCUAAAGGCGAUUGUUUUUAGUGUAAUGGACAGCGUGAAUUACGCGAUUGAAAUGCCCGUACCUCAACAACGGUCUUUGCAACAUUAUUUACAAAUGGAAGUUAAUAAACUUUUAGACCGAGUUGCCAAGAAAGUAUCCCGGGACGAGGAUGCGAAAGUCAAACUUAAAGCCGAUACAAUAAAAAUACUAGAAACCGCGCUGUGUAUCGGUGAGUUCUUAAAAUAUUUAAACGUUGAUGACGUCAGUAUCUGUUUAUUGAUGGUCCAGGCAUUGCGCUAUCUGAAUCGACAUGACGAUGCAGAGAGGGAACUAUGUGAGUUCACUGAUCGCCACCCUGACAAUGAGGUUGCCAUGGUACAUUUGUCAACGUUCAGGAUGAAACUCGGAAAGACAGACCAAGCUCUGAAGGAUUACCUUGAUGUACUUCGUCGGAAAGGAGCCAGCGGUCUAUCCGCUGCUUUCGCGCAGAUCAACUCUGCAGAUCGUGUGGGUAUUCAGGACGAGGCGCAUAUGCACGCCGUGCAGUUACUCAAAGAAUCCAGAUCCGCGGACUCCUUCAAAGAUGCGAUUGAUUGUUUCACAGUUGCUAUCGCCGCUGCGGGUGUAAAAUCUGCCAAAUCUCUGCUGGCCAGGGCCGAGUGUUACGCCCAUCUUGGGGACCAGAUUGCUGCCAUCGCCGAUUUCACCACGGUUCUAAAAUAUGACCCGGAUGUGCAGGAGGCCCUCUGUGGCAGGGCGUGUAUGCAGUUGACAUUGAAUCACCAGCAGGAUACUGUAGUCGACUAUUUGCAUUCACUCUCCGUAAACUUUGAGUACACAAAGAAACACAUCUCAUCGUUGCCAGAGCAACCACGUCUUCUAGUUGUCUACUGGCUUCACCAACACGCCAUGAACUUAUUGUCGCAAAAUGUGUCCCACCAUGAUGGUCAGCUGAUGUCAUACGCAAAGCUGAUUGGUCAAAUACUGGUUGCAAUGGACGAGGAUAAUUCAACUUGGCACGGACUGUAUGCUGACGCCCUUAUUGUCGAAGGCGAAUACGAAACAGCACUUGAGCACCUGAAUAAAGUGACGGAGCUGACACCGGACGAUUUGACAGCGGUGGCACGGUGUGCUUUGAUUCACAUCAAACUCGGUAACCUGGAGAUGGCCGUACUUCAGCUAGGGAGACUAGCGGAAGACGAUACGCAAGGACUUAAUUUCGUAAUGAAAGUUUUAGAUCCAAACCAACAAGCCGAGCUAGCAAAGUUUGCUUCAGACCAAGCCGAAAAACUGACGAGGGGUAACGAGCACAACAAAGCGUUACAUUUCUACAGCCUCGCUGUGCUGGCGAGCGACGGCAAACAAACAGACCUCUUCCGGAAACGCGGCAAGUGCCUGGCGCGCCUGGAGUUGUAUGACCGCGCCGAAAGGGAUCUGUCGACCGUAUUAAAGCUGGAGAAGAGUAAUCCGUUGGUCAGUGACUACUGCGCACGGGGACACGUGUAUUUGUUGCACGACAAAGACCAUCAAGGCUGCAACGAUUACAUCAGAGCACUGGAUCUGAACUCCUCGUCCGCGCUGAGCAUGGUUGCGUCAAAGCCAGGACGCAGCAACCUCGCUCGCGUGUUUUAUAAUUACGCGCAACACAACUUUGACAAUAAAAAGUUUCCCGAGUCGCUAAUGGUUUGUGAUUUUGGACUGAGGAUUGAUGAGAAAAAUGUUGAUCUCAGAAAACUUAAAUCCAAAGCCAACAAACAAAUGGGCUCAGGAUGUGUUCUCCAGUGA